AUGAUCGCCGCACUUUUGUUCGCCAUUCUCGCCGUCUCGGCGUUCGGUAAGCGACCACACCGGAUCUGUAUUCAUAAUUGUGUACGGUUCUAGUGGAUGCUGCUCCGCAAGCGCCCAGCUCAUGCGCCAUCGACGAGCGUGCACAGAUCCCGUGCGUUUGCUGCAAAAAGGACUGCUGGUACUCGAUCGCCGCGGCGGCCACACACGAGCUCGGACACAUGCCCGGAGAGGCGGGCGAGCGUGAGGCGAUGGCCACGCUGAAGCUGAUCCGCGCGUGCAUGAUCGCCGAGUGCUCCGGAAUUUGCCAGGCGUCGCCGUUCUGA